AUGGCAGAUGAUGUAGGAAGUAUAAGAGAACGUUUUUUAGAAGACGAUGUUGGAGACGAGUAUUUCGAAGAAAAUUCCGAUUGUGAAUCAAAAAAUAAUGUUGAAGAAAAGGCCAACAAUGAGAAUUCCAACUUCAUGAUGUUUCUUAAUGCUGGAGCAGAAGACAUGACAGAAUUGAAAUCCUGAUUGUAGAUGAUUGAUGACUCUCCAAAUAAUAUUUUUGAUCUGAUGGCCACAAGUCUUGUCAAAAUUCAUGGAAGAUAUAUCGGUAUAUAUAUUAUAUAUUACCAGUGUAUAUGUAUUACCGAUUAUUUUGAGGAUUUCAUAGAAAUAAGUUCCGGAAACUAACACUGUUUUGGGACAACUUUUGUCAAUUGGAUUUGUGGUGUCUGUGGACCCAUAGUGAGGUAAGCAGCAAUUUUCGAAAAAUAUUGGUUUAAGAGACUAGCCACUGCUACUGGAUUGUCCAGUUCUCUAUCAUUAUCUUUU